AUGGCUUCGAUAUCCCCCUCCACUCUACCCCCAACUGACGGUACUCCCGUACCUAGCUCUAUCCCCCCUGCUGUGCAAUCAUGGGGUCCCCUGGCUAUCGAUGCCGCUGCUCACGGAGCUAUCGCAUUCUGUCAAAUCUACUACGAAGCUUAUGAUGAGCCUACUCGGAGACCUGAGGAAAUCCCGAUUCUGUAUCUCCCAGAAUCAAAGAUCAUUUGGAACGGAAAUCCCAUAUCUUCAGAACCUACCGCUCUUGCCGAAUUCCUUCGGUCCAUGCCUCUGAGUCGACAUGAUCUACAAACCCUGGACUGUCACCCCGUCUCUUCGGAAGAAGGCUCUCCCCCAUCACUCGUUAUCAAUGUCACCGGCUCUGUCCUCCACGGCCCUUCCGUCCUUCAGCCCUCGGGCGACAAACCCGCAGAGAAGGAUAUGCCGAGAAAGUUUCACGAGUUGUUCAUGUUGAAGGUUGUCGGUGGAGGGGAAGGGAAUCAGCCGAGAUAUGCCGUCCAUAGUUCAAAUUUCAGAUUCAUUGGAUAG